AUGAUGGCCUCUCCUCCAUUUUCCACCCGAGCGUCUACGAGCAUGCACACUUCCAGAGAAGUGGGCAACAAGUCCUCUGAAAAGACACCGCGAGGAAAUCAUUCCUUUAGUUUGAUGCUGACUCCGUCACGCACAAUUACAGAGUCACUCACAUCCAUGGUGGCCUCGACUGCCCACAAGCUGGAAGAAGUAUGGGAUGAAGUUGGCUACAGCCCCGAGGAACGAACAUCGCAGCUUUCAGAUCUUUUGGUCCAAUUCAGAGGUCUCUGCGAGGCCAAGCUGGCCGAAGAACAAGGCGUGGCAGAAACCUUUCGUCAAACAAUCAUGGAAGCCAAAGCUGAAAUCACGUCCACCGCCAAGGCGAUGAAUGUUCACAUUAGUGACGACCUUCUUGCAGACCAUGAGGCACGUCGUGGUGGCAAGGCAACUCUAACAGACGAGCUCGCUGUACUCGAGGCGACUUUGGAAGGAUUGAAAGAGUCAGCAGCUACCGCCAAACUUGACUUGGAGGAAUGCAGAGACUUUCUCUUGAAGGCAUACACCAUGCUUGGAUUGACUUUGGAGGACCGAUGGCAAGAUGUCGAUUCUGACUUGACAAUUGAACGACGAAAUCAGUUUCACCACAAAGUGGACGAGAUGAAAGAAGAAAUCGCAACACGAUCCUCGGCUAUCAUUCAGCUCCUUCGGGACUGUCAACAUCUCAUGAAGGAAUUGCAAAUUUACGGAGAUGAAUCCGGAUCUAAGCUUGAUCGUCAAAUUACCGGGAGUCUUGAAAGACAAGAAGAUGGUAGCUUUGUCAUGACAUCCAACUUCCAGACCGAUACCUGCAUCGGCAUCAAUGCAAGCGCUCUGGAGGCUCUCACCGAACGCGUCGCCGUGCUGAACGCAGAGAAACAAAAACGUACUUCCAAGCUAGAACACAUGGGAGCCCAAAUCAUGACCCUCUGGGAAAAGCUGCGCAUUUCGGAGGAGGAACAAAGAGCCUUCUCCGAAACCAUUCAAGGAUUGGGGCUCGACACUAUCGAAAAGGGUGAGACAGAGCUUCAGAGGCUUGUUUCUCUCAAAUCAAAGAUGCUAGGAGACCUCAUAUUGGAAGCUCGAGAAACCAUUAUUGAACUCUGGGACGAUAUGAAUGCAACAGAAGACUUUCGAAAGGCAUUCACUCCCUUCAGUGCUGCCAAUGAAGAAGACACUACCGAGGACCUGCUCGAGGCUCACGAAAAGUACAUCGACAACCUACGAGCUCAGCUUGAUGAAAUGAAGCCAAUUUUGCGCAUCAUAGAGAGGCGAGAUGUUAUUCUCCGUGAGCGGAAGCAAUACCAAGAGUUGCAGCAAGAUUCUGACCGACUCAAGCAACGGGGAGCGGCGUUGACCAAGCAGCUAAUGGAAGAAGAAAAGAUGGCACGACGAAUCAAGCGGGAUUUGCCGAAGCUGACAAGCAUGCUAGAGGAAAAGUUGUUUGAAUGGAAGGAACAACAUGGCGAAGACUUCCAACUCCACGGGGAGAAUUACUUUGACAUUAUGGAACGCCGGGAACUCGAGUGGGAAGAGUUCAAGAACUCGUUGGUCAUGCAGAAAAAGAAGAAGCAAACGGAGCUAAGACCCAUUGGACGAAAGGCGCCCACCAAGAAGACCUCCUCCAGUCGUCCUUUUGGAGAUGCGAUGAACAGGGAGAACCGUAGUUCCAGCAAUCUUCGCGGUCGAGACGACGGAGCACGAAAACCAAAAUCUCAAGCAGGCAGUGGUAGAAGCACCUCCCGACUCCGUGCAGGAUAUCGCUAA